UAAUACUGUUUUUUCCGGCAAAAGUAAACCAAAUGCUUUAAGAAACAGAGCUUUUUGAAGACGAUUUAAGCUGGAAAAAAUACACAGAUAUUUGAUUAAACUGGGUUAGGCAAAGGAUAUUUGUGGUAAAGGAAUGAUGAGGAGAGUUAUGAUGGAGUUCUUGACUGUUUCGAUUCUGGUGGCGGCGACGGCGACGGCGACGGCGGUGUUUGGUGGCAAUGUGACGUAUGAUCACCGGGCAUUGGUGAUCGACGGCAAGCGCCGGGUGCUAGUUUCCGGUUCUAUUCACUACCCUCGAAGUACUCCUGACAUGUGGCCAGGCCUAAUUCAGAAGUCGAAGGAAGGAGGAUUGGAUGUAAUUGAAACCUAUGUUUUCUGGAAUUUGCAUGAACCUACUAAAAACCAGUAUGACUUCGAAGGAAGAAAAGAUUUGGUUAAAUUUGUGAAAACGGUGGCUGAUGCUGGUCUUUAUGUUCAUCUUCGAAUUGGGCCUUAUGUUUGUGCUGAAUGGAAUUAUGGUGGGUUUCCGGUUUGGUUACAUUUCGUACCUGGAAUCGAGCUUCGAACCGAUAACGAGCCUUUUAAGGCCGAAAUGAAGCGAUUUACAGCCAAGAUAGUUGACAUGAUGAAGGAGGAGAAUCUGUAUGCAUCUCAAGGUGGACCGAUAAUCUUAUCUCAGAUUGAGAAUGAAUAUGGUAAUAUUGAUUCGGCUUAUGGUCCCGCUGCGAAAACUUAUAUCAAAUGGGCAGCGAGUAUGGCUACAUCUUUAGAUACGGGCGUGCCAUGGGUGAUGUGCCAGCAAAGGGAUGCUCCUGAUCCAAUUAUAGAUACUUGCAACGGGUUCUACUGUGAUGGGUACACUCCAAAUGCUAAAAACAAGCCUACAAUGUGGACUGAGAAUUGGACUGGAUGGUUUCUCUCGUUUGGUGGUGCAGUGCCUUAUAGACCAGCGGAAGACAUUGCUUUCGCGGUUGCACGGUUCUACCAAAGAGGUGGAACCUUCCAGAACUAUUAUAUGUACCAUGGUGGGACUAAUUUCGGCCACUCUACUGGAGGACCCUUUAUUGCGACAAGUUAUGAUUACGAUGCUCCACUUGAUGAGUACGGAGCGCCUCGACAACCUAAGUGGGGUCAUUUGAAAGAUUUACAUGAGGCCAUAAAGCUUUGUGAAGAGGCGCUGCUGGCAACGGAUCCAACGACUACUUCUCUUGGUAACAAUCUAGAGGCCAGUGUCUAUAAAACAUCAUCAGGAUGUGCUGCUUUUUUGGCAAAUGUGGAUACCAAAUCUGAUGCAACUGUGAACUUCAAAGGCAAUUCUUAUCACUUACCUGCUUGGUCUGUCAGCAUCUUGCCUGACUGCAAGAAUGUGGUGUUCAACACUGCAAAGAUAAACUCUGUCUCUACCAUCCGAAGAUUUGUAGCUACAAGUGUUAGAAAUGACCUAAGUGCUUCAGAGGCACUUUCAUCGGAUUGGAGUUAUGUUAGUGAACCCGUGGGGAUCUCGAGUGAUAACGCCUUCAAUAAACAGGGAUUAGUGGAACAAAUCAACACCACAGCUGAUCAAAGUGAUUAUUUGUGGUAUUCAUUAAGCACCGACAUUAAAGGUGAUGAGCCCUUCCUUCAAGAUGGGUCUCAAACAGUUCUUCAUGUGGAAUCACUAGGCCAUGUUCUUCAUUUGUUCGUUAAUGGUCAAAUUCAAGGUAGUGCAAUUGGCAAUGGGAUUUCCAAGGAUAUCCCCAUCACCCUCAAGACUGGAAAGAACAAACUCGAUCUCUUGAGUGUGACUGUUGGACUUAAGAACUAUGGUGCGUUUUUUGAUAAAGCAGGCGCUGGUAUUACUGGUCCAGUGCAGCUUAAGGGCUUAAAGAACGGGUCAACUGUUGAUCUUUCAUCUCAGCGGUGGACAUACCAGGUUGGACUAAAAGGCGAAGCACUAGGCCUGCACACAGGAGAUUCUUCACUUUGGGUGUCGGGGUCUUCCGUUCCCAAAAGUCAACCUUUGAUAUGGUACAAGACGAGUUUUGAUUCCCCUGCGGGUGAUAAUCCAAUCACGAUUGACUUCACUGGGAUGGGGAAAGGCGAGGCGUGGGUAAAUGGAGAAAGCAUUGGGCGUUAUUGGCCGUCUUAUAGCGCCCCAAAUGGCGGUUGUGCAGGCUCUUGUAGUUACAAAGGGCCAUAUGGUUCAACAAAAUGCCUCAAGAAUUGUGGGAAACCGUCACAAACUCUGUACCACGUACCCCGAUCAUGGCUGAAACCAAGUGGGAACGUACUGGUGUUGUUUGAGGAAAUGGGUGGGAACCCUACACAAAUCUCUUUUGCAACACAAGAGUUGGAAAGUUUGUGUUCUCGAGUCUCUGAAUCUCACCCGCUCCCCCUGGAAGCGUGGACUCAGGAUAAAAAGUCAGGAAGAAAGUCAAAGUCAAAGUCAAAGCCAAGAGUCUCAUUCGAAUGCCCUCAUCCUAAUCAAGUCAUUGAUUCAAUCAAGUUUGCUAGCUUUGGAACACCUCAAGGGAAAUGCGGAAGUUUCAGUCAUGGUGAAUGCCGGAGUACUGAUGCCCUUUCGAUCCUACAAAAGGCGUGCAUUGGGUCAAGAACUUGCAACAUUGAAGUCUCGACAGGCAUGUUUGGUGAUCCUUGUACAGGUGUAGUUAAAAGUUUAGCAGUAGAAGCUUCGUGUGCAUAAAAAACACGAAAGCAUGGCUUUUAAGGUUAUCGAUGUCUCCGGGCAACCAUAUAAUCAUAGAAUAAAAUCAUUUUAAUUGC